GCACAGACCGUGCCACACGCGUGCUGGCAGUGAAAGUGGAAGGACCGGCACCACGAGUUUCCGUGUCACGUGUUUCCUUGUCGCAGACUGUCAGUACGGAACGUUGCUGUUGCCCUCUCCGCGUCUCAACGUUCUUUCGACGACAGAGGCGUGCGGGUCAUCGUGAAUGUCACGUCAGUGCACGUGGCGAUUUCACCACCAAAACAUCACAGGAAAAAGAUAUCGGCGGUGGGAAAUACCAAGCCACUCCUGAUCCUGGGCGCCGUGGCAUCGGAGAACCAGAAGACAUUCGAAGUACAGAGCACGAGGUAUUGGACUUGCGAACCGGGGGGUCCGCGGUACGUUGGAGUGACUGCGCCGGAGAAGAAAACACGAGGACUACACUUUCACGAUGAAGCCGCUGUCGUACGGGCUUGCCCUGUUUGCUGUGGGAUGCUUCGCAGCUGAAAUGAUGGGACUUGCUGCAGGUCAGACCGAUCGACGAUUCUUCCAGCCAGGAAUGAUUGACCAGUGUUGCAUGCUGGGUGUGCAGUGGUCCAACACCAGCUCUCGCUGCACAGGUUUUCCAGGCCCUGUGCCUGGCAUUGCGCCAGAGUCACAGAGCGCCUGCUUGCUGGUGUUGGAGGUGUGCUGUCUGAAGCACAUGCAACAGGAAAUGUGCGAGUUCGGCAAACAGACGGCGCUGGACCAGCAGCUGUGCGCGGUCAGGGACUCUGACCCCGGCGCGGAGCAGUUCCGGGAAUGCUGCCACUGCUGUCAGAUGGGGGCAGAUGCCAGGAGGAGGAGAUCAUCGUGCGAGGUGCCGGGCCUUGGCGAACCUUGUGACGCCACGUUCUCAGAGUGCUGCACGGGUAGGCGCAGCGACAACGCUACAACACCGGGUAAACGAAUCUCCCCUUCAAACCCUGGAGGAGGUGAGACGGGGGGUCAGACAUCCGGGAACUCGAGCAACUCCGAUAUUGACGAAUGUAGCCAGUUUCCAGGCCUCAUUUGCUCGCAUCUGUGCAUUGACAAACCUGACGGGUUCAUCUGUGACUGCCCUCCUGGGUUCUCGUUGGGACAAGACCAGCGCACGUGCCAGAAGGUGGAUGUUUCCGACGAAAUUAACUGUAUCCACAACAACCCUUGUGACCAACGAUGCGUGACAACCGCCAGCGGCGCGGAGUGUAGAUGUUACAGCGGGUACCGCCUGAAGGCCGAUGGCCAGACGUGUGACGAUAUUGAUGAAUGUGCUGAAGGCACGUACCGCUGUGCCCCCAACCAACAGUGCGUCAAUACAAGAGGAAGCUACUCCUGUCUCGCAAAUGACUGUCCGCAAGGAAGCUCGCGAAACCCAACGACAGGACAAUGCGAAGAAGACAACACCUGUUUGUCAGGCUUCGCCUUCAACAGCGUGACCCGCAAGUGUGAAGACAUCGAUGAGUGUACAGUGGAGGAGCACACCUGUUAUGGUGCAUUUCAAUACUGUGUCAAUCUCAACGGGUCAUUCACAUGCAGCUGCGAUGAAGGCUACACAUACAACAGAGCCUCCCGGUCUUGUGAAGACAUCAAUGAGUGCGGCCUGGGCCUGGAUGACUGCAAAGAGGGAGAGCGAUGCGAAAAUACUGUGGGUAGCUUUACUUGUCGCCGCAUCCAUCAUUGUGGAACUGGCUACACGCUGGACGAUCAGACACAAGCUUGCGUUGACAACGACGAGUGUGUUCUCGGGACCCACAACUGUGCUGAAGGCUUCAUCUGUCAGAACAUCGAGGGGUCGUUCCGUUGUCAACCAAAGGAGUGUCCAGCGGGCUAUCGCUUCGACUCUGCGUCGGGGGAGUGCCGGAGGAUACACUGUCAGGCAGGCUUGAGACCCAACAGGGCGGGCAACUGUGUUGAUAUAGACGAGUGUGCGGAGUCUUCCCACAGGUGCCUGCAACAUCAGCGCUGUGUUAACACCGUCGGCUCCUACCACUGUCGGAAUCUGGUCAACUGUCCGCGAGGCUAUGAGCCCACCACCAACAAUGGCUGCCAGGACAUCAACGAGUGUACCUCAGGAACACAUCGAUGCAGUGCUGACCAGGAAUGCGUCAACCGACAGGGCAGCUAUUUCUGUCAGUGCCCUCGCGGCUUCCGCCAUGAUGCCAGCGGCAGAUGCGUCGACGUGAACGAGUGUUCGUAUGGUGCCGCCAUCUGUCCCACGACCUCAACCUGCAUCAACACGAUUGGCUCGUACAAAUGCGAAUGCAAAGAUGGCCUUGUGUCGGAUGAGAGCGGAGGGUGCUUAGAUAUCGACGAAUGUCUCACGGACAAUAUCUGCCAACAUAAAUGCAAAAAUGUACAGGGCACAUAUUUCUGCACCUGUAACCAAGGUUACCAGCUCCGUGAAGAUAAACGUUCGUGUGAAGACAUUGACGAAUGUACCCAGUUUCGGGGAACUGGAGGGAGGGGUGGGGUGUGUGGAGGUGGGUGUAUCAACACACCUGGAUCUUACCGCUGCGAAUGUCCUGAGGGUUGGCAGCUCUUAAAUGACGGACGAUCCUGUCAAGACAUCGACGAGUGUGCCGAGCGGACAGCUUUCUGCCCUCACCAAGACAGCAUAUGCAUCAACACACGAGGCCACUACAAGUGUCCGGUCGUGCGCUGCCCAGAUGGCUUCGCGAAGACCACAGCAACAGGUCGCCAGAACAGCAUUCGAUGUAAGCGGGUGGACACAGACUGUCUGGAGUGUCGGCGGGGACUGCUGUCGCAGUCGUACAACUUCCUGACCUUCCCUUCCAACGUUAUCGUGCCGGCGCCACUGUUCUCCAUGACCGGGGCGCGCGACCCUGACAAGAACUACGCCUGGCAACUGCAUCUGCUAUCCGCGCGUCCCCUGCGGGCUGGGGUGCUGCCCGCCGAUGUCCGCCAUUUUGCCUUGGAGGAAAGUCGCGACCAGGCAGUGGUCAGCCUGAUCUCGCGUGUAGACGGUCCGCAGGACAUUGAGUUGCGCCUGGACAUGAACAUCACCAGCUUCUAUUCCGGUUACGAGGGAGUGGCCGAGUCGCGCAUUUUCCUCUACGUCACGGACGAUGGGGUUUAGGUUAUUUCCGGUUCCGGCUGGCACCGGGUGUGCUGGUUGCGGCUGUAAAGCAGCGAGAGCAAGCUCAUGAUUUGUAUUAUUUUCAUCAAUGGACAAUAGUCUGUCGCUGCUGGGACCAUUUAAAAAAAACAAACAAAAAUGUUUUGACUCUCUGUGUUCUCGUAUUUCUCAACUCAAAGAACAUUAGUAAGAACAGCCUCUAUUGUUGUACUUAAAAUUAUUUCACAGUCUUGUCUCAGUACAAAAAAUAUCGACUUUUGAUUAAAACUACUCUGCUAUUUACUACCCACAAACCGCGAAAAAGCUAUCUCUGAGCUUUUACAAUUUUCACUUUAUUGAGAUCUUGUAAACGCUAGAUGCUUUGUAUCCAUUGUAUGUGGCUCAGGAAUGGAGAUAGGAAGAGAUGUUAUUAUAAUUAUUAUUUCUUGCAAGAAGAUGCAACAAUGUAUUUAACAAGUAGGACUUAAGGAAUAGCAACACCAUUUUUUUGGAUUAAUAUUUGAAGAUUUCCAUAAUAUCUCAGGGACUUCUUGGUCUCAUAAACUUGACUGACUUCAGAAGACUCCUGUCUCCCAAUAUGACGAAAACUUUAUAAAUAAGCAGUGCUAAAGUUUGACUAUACCUCAUUGAAAAGGAACCUAAAUUUGUAAAAUAAAAGCUCACACGGCUCAAGCCGAGUGUACACAGAUUUUGAAA